AGUUUUCUAUUUUUUUACUAGUGUAAUGGUUAAACAAAUCCCAAAAAGGAUAUAAUUAAUUGUAAUUAGUACGAAAUAAUUAAAGAUGACCACCGAAGAACAAACUCAACAAUCUGUUUCAGCGGAGGACGCGAAAAUAGCCGAAAAAUAUAAGUCCGAUGCUAAUGAAUACUUUAAAAAACAAGAUUUCGAUAAUGCAAUAGAACUUUAUACCAAAGCAAUUGAAAAGAAUCCCACUGUAGCUAUUUAUUAUGCAAACCGGAGCUUUGCAUAUCUAAAAACUGAAUGUUUUGGCUAUGCUUUAACAGAUGCCUCGAAAUCAGUAGAAUUAGAUAAAACUUAUGUGAAAGGUUAUUAUCGACGAGCUGCUGCUCACAUGUCAUUAGGAAAAUUCAAGGAAGCCCUAAAGGAUUAUGAAUAUGUGACUAAAGUGAGACCAAAUGAUAAAGAUGCUAAAAUGAAGUAUAUGGAAUGCAACAAAGUAGUCAAAAAAUUGGCAUUUGAAAAAGCCAUAUCGGUGGAAGACAAUAAGAAAAAUAUAGCAGACAGUAUUAAUAUUGAUGCAAUGACGAUAGAAAAUGAAUAUACGGGGCCUGAAUUAGAGGAUGGUAAAGUGACACUUAAAUUUAUGAAAGAACUAAUGGAAUUGUAUAAAAACCAAGGAAAACUUCAUAGAAAAUAUGCCUAUACGAUAUUAUUAGAUAUAAGAUCAUAUUUUACAAAACAACCCACGUUAGUAGAUGUACCAAUCGGCGACGAAGACAAAUUUACAGUAUGCGGAGACAUUCACGGGCAGUUUUAUGAUCUAAUGAAUAUAUUUGAACUGAACGGCCUCCCGUCGGAAACGAAUCCCUACCUGUUCAAUGGAGACUUCGUCGAUCGAGGGUCGUUCUCCGUAGAAUGUAUUUUUACUCUAUUCGGUUUUAAACUUUUGUAUCCUAAUCAUUUCUUUAUGUCUCGAGGGAAUCACGAAAGCGCUACAAUGAAUCAAAUGUACGGCUUCGAUGGGGAAGUCAAAUCAAAAUACACCGCUCAAAUGGCUGACCUGUUUACAGAAGUAUAUAAUUGGCUUCCAUUAGCUCACUGUCUUAAUAAAAGAGUGCUGGUAAUGCACGGCGGUCUAUUCACGAGAGACGACGUAACUCUAGAUGAAAUAAGAAAAAUCGACAGAAACCGACAACCGCCCGAAGACGGUCCAAUGUGCGAGCUAUUAUGGUCAGAUCCACAACCGCAACCCGGUCGAGCCGCGAGCAAACGGGGAGUGGGUUGUCAGUUUGGUCCCGACGUUACUCAAAAGUUUUUAGAGUUAAACAAAUUGGAUUAUAUCAUUAGGAGCCACGAAGUGAAGAACGACGGGUAUGAAGUCGCCCAUAACGGACUAUGUAUAACUGUCUUCUCUGCUCCCAACUAUUGUGAUACUAUGGGUAAUAAUGGUGCAUUUAUUACGCUGAAAGGAAAAGAGAUGUUGCCGAAAUAUACAACGUAUGGAGCUGUGCCCCACCCUAACGUAAAACCAAUGGCGUACGCGAACUCUCUACUGAGUCUGAUGUGCUAGUACCUGCCUUUUGUAGUAAAUUUUGUAGUUCACAUUUCAUUUUAGUAAUUCCUCGAUAAGUUAAAGAAAAAAAUAGACAUUUUGUUAGUUAAGGAUUCGCUUUUCAUAACAUACGAAUAUGAGAUUCGACGAAUAGGAUUGUACCUACUGAACGGAGAGUCCCGAAUAAGGGUAUAGAGUUUUGGAGGGGUAGAAAAGUGUAUUAAACGUAUUUGCUGAUAACUAAACGCAUAUACGGAUAUUUUCUACUAACUACACUGUACAGAGUUACCGAACCUAAUCAAAACAUUCUGAAAAUUUGUAUUUAAAUAAAUUGUCAAUUUGGACGUAUUUCUUUUCUGAUUUUGUAAUUUUAUGAUUUCUGUUUGCAUCUAUCCUAGAUAUUAUAUUGUAUAAAAGAUUCUAACUAUAAAGAAGAUUGUUUGGCACGUCAACGAACUUAAAUUCACAUGAAACGCAUAUACGGAUUUUUUCUAGACUAUGCCUUACAGUGUUGCCAGAUUUAAUCAAAUAAUUAUAUUUUGGAAACUGUCUUUAACUGAAUCCAUUAGAAUGGUUAAAAAAUCUUUUUAAAUUUGCCAUUUCUAUGAAGUUUUGUGUUCUGCUUUCUGUUUUUAGCAUCUAAUUGCAUCUAUUGUUAUUGCAUCACAAAGUAUGACCAAGGAUUUUUCAUAUAUUUUAUAUUCUUGUCAAUUUCCCAUUAAUCUAGUGUAUAUGUAAUCUUCUAGUUGAUCUAGAAUUAGAUUCAACGUAUAAUGAAGAUUGUGUAUCUAUUUGUGUAUUAUUUUGGAUCUCCUGCCUCCAAAAUAUUCAUAUCACUGUUGGGACACUCUGCGAUUAUUGUUAUUUUUGUUUUGUUUUUAUUGUACACACGUUUGAAAUGUAGUACCAGUUCAAUAAAGUAUUUAUUUUU